UUAUUACUUUGGAUUACACUUAAAACGAGGAGAAAUCUGUUUGUGGAUUACUUUAGAAUAUAAUGGCCAGAAUAACGUUGUUCAUGUUUGCCAUAAUGGCGAUGUGUUUGGUGGAUUUGUCUUGGGCUAUCAAUCAUGUACCGGCUAAUGAGUGGGCGGAAUAUAAGGCAAAAUAUAACAAAGACUAUACCAAUAGCGAUAUUACUGAAGCCUAUGCUCAAUAUUACUAUGCCUACAACAAACGCAUGAUCGACCGUCAUAAUGCACGUAACUCUACAACCUAUACAUUGAGUGUCAAUCAAUUUACGGAUAUGCGUUUUAUACAUUUUAAUGCCUUAUUCCCAGUGGCCAUGGAAACAGGACCAUCUUUCGAUUCUCCCUUACCUUCAGUACAGCCAGCUUCUCCCUAUUACGAUCCUAUAAAUGAUUUUGGUUUCACCUCAAACAUAGAAAAUCAAGGUACUAAAUGUAACAGUGGUUGGGCUUAUGCUGCUGCCAAAUCUAUUGAACUUUUCCAAGCCCAACAAAUGGGCAAUAUGAAUCCGGCCCCCUUAUCGGCACAGAAUUUCAUUGAUUGCGCUGGUCGUUCUGCUGCCUGCAAGAAUCAAGUACCCCAAGCAGCCUUCGACUAUUUGACACAAUACAAUAUGGAUUUGCAUUUGGAAAGUGAAUACAACAAUAACAAUACUCUUGGCGAACCAGGAAUGUGCACACCCAUGGGUCAAUUGGUAACAAAUUUGGGUUCCUAUUCACGUCUUACCGAUGGUGAUGAUGAGUCUUUGAAGGCUUAUGUUUCUAAUGGUUUUCCCGUGGUUGUGGAAUUCAAUCCCACUUCUUUUGAAUUUAUGCAUUAUUCGGAGGGUAUUUUCCAACAACCCUCAGUGCGUCAGGGUUCUCACUUUAUGGUGGUUAUUGGUUAUGAUACAGAUGCCUCUACUGGCAUAGAUUAUUGGAUAUUACAGAACUCUUUCGGUACUAAUUGGGGUGAAACGGGUUUGAUAAGAGUCGCUAGAUCACCUACCGUAAAAUUGACUAAAAAUGCCAUCUUUCCCACGGAGUUAGCUUAAGUCUACCGAUUGCUUAAGUAGUUUUAGUAAUAUUUAUUAUAUUUUAAUGUAUUUUUUUAUAUAAAAAUAAAGUAAAAAAUGUUUUUUUUUUAAUAAAAAAAGUAAAGACUCGUCG